UUCUCAAGAAUAGACUUACAUAAGAAUAUCAAGAGAACGAUGUUGCCUCCUUUGGUGGAUGAUAACACCAAGUUCCCUCGACUGAGAGGAUUGAAUCGAGAUGUGCGGAAAAAAAAGAAGAUUUCAUCGGUAGAUCUAUCUGUGACGCAACGAACAUUUCACAGGAAAAGAUAAGAUAGAUUGCAAACCGUGGUGCACGCAACGCUUGUAAAGAGAAAAGAAUAGCUCGUAUCGUCGCGGUGCGUGUCUGAGCGCGGGUGGCGGCGACCACUUUCAUUGUUCUUCGAUCUGCCUCGGAGCAAAGGUGCGAGUGUGAUCUCGCGCACCUCACCACGAGCACCGAUUUGACGUACCCGUCGUCGUCGUCAUCGAAAGACGAGGACAACGCGAUUCAACCACUCCGCGCGAACCAAGUGUGAUGCAGUUCAGACAGCCAGCGUUUUGGUCGUUGAUCCUCCUGCCGAUCGCUUAUGCCGGCAUCAGCAAUUGGGAUGCGUGCAGCGGCAGGCUGGAGCAUGCUCUGGACGCCCUCCACAGGGACUCGACCAGGAGGAACAAGCUGGACGAAGAGGAGACCGGGUUGUCGUAUCAGCGUGAGCUGCGCUCCGCUCCCUUGGAGAUGUCCGUCUCCCGUAUGGCCGUGAAGCUGCCUGAGAACACGAAGGAGCAGAUGGCCGGGCAUUGGGCGCGAGUGGAACGAUGCGUGUUUGAGCCGAGCCGCAACUCCCUGAGGACGCGCGUCGUCUUCAACGACCUGUCGGUGUCCGGAAUGGUGUCCUUGAUGCCGAGGGACCAUCGCGCCCCCCCGAUCCCCGUCGAGUCCUGCAGAAUGAUGCUGCGGCUGAGACGCGCCGGGAUAGACUUCCUCACCAGUCCGAUCGCGCGCGGACGCGGCCAGAUGCGCAUACGCACGGAGUCGAGCUUCCUGGAGCCGAGGUUCGCCUCGAUAUACGCGUACGGCUGCCAUCCGGCGCGUCUCGACAAGCAGAUCAAGCGGCAGGACAAGUGGCCUCCCUAUCAUUCGGCUAAUCACAAAGUAACACCGACGCCGGCACUGGCCGUGAGCGACAAGUACGACGCGGCGGAACCGAGGCAGCUGGUGGGCAUUACCGAGGAGGUGGACGUUGUCGUGCCCGACGAGAGCCGACAUCCACAUUACUCGCGCACUCCUAAAACGAGCAACGGUGUAUGGAGGAAGAAUUCCUGGAUCACCAAGUCACCGUUACGCCGGAGACGUUCGACGACGACUACGACAAUUCGACGAGUCGCGCGCUCCCUUGUCAACGAAGAGAAAGCGCCGGCCGGGAGGAAGAAACAACCGGCGAACCUGGUCGAGAUACUCAAUUUGACCGACAGCCUGCGAAACGAAGACCAGCCGGCGCGUAACGUGUCGCGCGAAGUGAGGGAGCUCGUAUUGGACGAUCAUCUCGACAAUUUAUUCUCCGUCGACACGGAGGGCCCGAACAGAAGCUGGCAGUCGAAGGAGCACAUCACGCGCGAAAUGGAAGAUGUGUUUUUGCAAGGUGCCAGCCAAGCGUUAACCAAGUACAUCGAGCGCCAGUUACAUCCGGCGAUAAAGGAGACGCUGAUGCUGUCUAUGGGUUACACCAUCAGCUACGGAUAGGGGGAGGGUGAGGAUUCGGCUGCUCUCCGAGGCGAGAUUGCAACUACGCAUACUUCGACGCAGGAGCGAUCGGUCGAAAAGACGAAGGCUCGUUUCGUUCGCUCGCUGUCUGGAAGAGACCCUGACCUUUCGCGCGUCCGCGUGAAGCAAACGUCACUUUACAUCUUUUUCUCUCUUUCUCUGCUACGCUACGCUUACCGAUAUUACAGUUUAUUCAUCAGGAAAAUGCGUCAAGUUUCUCAUAUUAAUUUAAAUUCUCCCUCGCCUCCGCUUGUUUCACGAUGAAUUGCCAGUCGGCCUUCCUCUCCACACUUGAGGGGGAUUGUAUUCCAAGAACGCGCAAAUAAUAUUUUCCCUCUUUUUCCCUCUUUUCUCUCUCUUUUCCUCUCUGUCUCUCGUUCCCCCAUUUUCCAAUUCUAUCUCGACUAUUAUUGCUUAAGCUCUCGUUCAGUUGCGUACAAAGCUUGAGAGUGUAAAAGCGCCCGCUUAACUCGUUUGUAAUUACACGUACUUUGAAGAUAGUGCUUACGUAGGACAUGUUACCGAAAUACCCGAUGUAUUCUAAUUGUGCAAUCAAAAAUAUAUGUGUACAAAUAUAAAUAAUUUAUAUUAUUUAAUCAUGUUUAUUUUUGUGUAAUACACACAUAUCUAGGAAAUGAUGCGUAUCCCUCUGUCGACGGAAUU